AUGCAUAAUUGUUUCGAUACAUCUAAAACCUACAACUUAGAUGCUCAAAUUGGGGAAUCUUCAGCGUGCGCCACAGCGCUGCUGUCAGGAGUGAAAGCCAACUUCGAAACUGUCGGUUUGGACAUUAAUGGAAGGUUUGGAAACUGUGCGUCUUCCCUCAAGUCAAGAAUAGAUUCCCUCAUCGACUGGGCUCAGCAAGACGGCGAUACAGUCUAUAGCAACGCAGGUUUUUCGGUAGCCAUCUUGAAAGGAAAAGGCGGAUAU